AUGUCGUACUUCCGCCAGACUCGUAGCAGUCGGCCAGCGUUGAUUCUGGGAGGAUGCGUACUUGUUGUUCUUUUCUACUUCUUUCUCGGCCCUACUACCGACCUCUCUCACACCCUCGAUCCUCUGCUACGAGCACGAAAGUCAGCCGCUGCGGCAGCAAAUCCUCUCUCUCCUCCAACCUCAGCAUUUCGAAAGUCCGCAGCAGGAGAUUCUCAGAAACCACUCGGUCCGCCUCCGAUUGUACACUACCAAUUGAAUAACCUGUCCUCUACCGCAAAUCCUGCGAAAAACAAUGAAAAGGUGCUGAUUCUGACACCUCUGGCUCGCUUCUUCGAAGGAUACUGGGAUAAUCUUGCUGCUCUCAGCUAUCCACAUGAACACAUUUCCAUAGGUUUCAUAAUACCUAAGACAAAAGAAGGCAAUGAAGCCACCAAAAGCCUGCAAGAGGCAGUAAGCAAGCACCAAGCUGGUCCACUUGACAAGCGCUUCGAGAGCAUCAUAAUUCUACGCCAAGAUUUCGAGCCGGCGAUUCUAAGUCAGAAUGAGAAAGAGCGGCAUGCAAUGGCUAAUCAAGCCGCACGUCGAGCUGGAAUGGCAAAGGCAAGAAAUAGCUUACUAUUCACAACUAUCAGCCCGACCACGAGUUGGAUUCUGUGGCUGGAUGGGGACAUAGUUGAGACACCUAACUCUCUCAUCGAAGAUAUGGCCAGCUUCGACAAACCCAUCAUCGUACCGAAUUGUUUCCAGCGAUAUACAGACGACGAUGGAAAAGAAUCAAUCAGACCAUACGACUACAACUCCUGGCGUGAUUCCGACACAGCACAAGAGCUUGCGACGAAGAUGUCCCAGGACGAGAUAUUGCUGGAGGGAUACGCUGAGAUGCCAACGUACCGCACCCUCAUGGCUAUGCUGGCUGAAACAACUGAGAAUAGAGACAAGAAGCGCUUAAUGCCGCUCGAUGGCGUGGGUGGGACGGCUCUCAUGGUGAAGGCUGAAGUUCACAGAGAUGGAGCCAUGUUCCCUCCUUUUGCAUUUUACCACCUGAUAGAGACGGAAGGCUUUGCAAAGAUGGCUAGACGCUUAGGCUAUGAAAGCUGGGGUCUACCAAAUUAUUUUGUGUAUCAUUACAACGAGUAA